AUGCCCGUCCCGACCUCCAAGUCUAUCCACCGCGCUCAUGUCCCAACUCAACUUGUGCUUGCGCCCCGUGCGCUGAGCGACCACUCGGACUCGAGCAAGAACACGGGAAAGUCCGUGCACUUUGAUACCCAACCGCACCCGCUCGUAUGCCCUGUGCUCGAGCCCACGGCCAAGCGGAUCGUAUGGGACAUCCGGUUCCGCCCUGGCAAGGCCAAGAUGAAUCUGGCCGGAUAUCCCCACGCAAGUGACUCGGAGCUGAACAAGCCUGCGGUUACUCCCCCUGUUACCCGUCUCCGCCUCGUCUCCAAGCUCCAUCCCUGGGUCGCUAUUGCGAAGAACCCACACGGUGUAACAGUUGGAAAUGUCCUCGACAUCAUCUAUGCUACUCUCCAAGAGCCCAUAUGCGAGGCAGAAUGGUGGAUUGUAUCGAGCAAGGAGCGAGCUCGUGUCGGCCGUAUCUUUGAGCGCGAGUGCGCACGGGGUCCUGGCACCACUGGCCGCCGCUCCCAAACCGACGGAGUCCGUCGAGUCGACUGGGUCGGCGACGAGACUACUUUCCUCGGACUCGAGAAGGACGAGGACUUUAUCCGACACAGAAUCCAGGACCCCCGCUACCGCGAAGAGACCUGGGUCGUCGCACUCGGUGCCAAUUCGAACAUCAACCGCAGUGCUCCCCGCAUCCGCUAA